AUGACGGCAAAGACACUGGAAACAAGCAUUGAGAUGACCAGAAAGGAGAUGGAGAAUCCAACUGAAGUGGAAGUGGAGCUCAAAAAAAGACUUGGCCAGCUUACUGACCAUUUGAUUCAGAAACAAGCCCAGGUUUGUCUUGCAAAUUUUGAACUUCGACUGCUGGGUUCUAGGCUUAUAGCUUUAAGGAAGCUUAAUGUGGUCAAUUUUAAAAUAUCAAACUCAUCGAUACAUUUACAUAAGUGAUAUAUGAAUUUGCAUGUCCAUGUGUACACCACCUGCGUGCACAUACAUGUUUGCAAGUUUGACAAUACAUAUCAAUUCUAAAAUUAGAAGCUGAAGGACUCCAUGGUACACAAGAAUUAGUAGAAUGUUUACAAGUACAUAAAGCAGCAGAUAUCAGGCUUGGACAUUUCUCCUAAACACAUCCUGAUCACUAUACAUCUAAGAGUCAAAGACACCAAAUAUCUUACAUCUGUAAAACUGGAGGACAAAAAAUCCACAUUAGAAUUUAUCUUCUGCAGUUUACCCAUCUUCAUUACCACAUUUUUUAUCAACAGCUAUUGGGUCAACAUUUGCAAAAAAAUCUGAUUUUGUUCAUUUUAAAUGACCAAGCUUAUGGGUAUGGAAGAGAAUGCAGUUGUUUUCCGCUUAUCCAAGAUGCUCACCUUGAUGCAUUAACUAGAUAAUUAAAAAAGAAAGCUAAGGCCCAGAUAAUUAAAAAGGUUGUUUUCCGCUUAUCCAAGAUACACCACUUUCUCUGUCAUGAAAUCGCCAUAACCUUCUCUAUUUUGUAUUUACCUCAGUCACCAUCAUUCUCUCUCAUAUUAUGGUGUUUAAACCAUCAGAGUAUAAUCUUGGAGAACGCAGAAAGAAGAAAAAAUUAUGCAGUCUCUGUUUUUGAACUGCUGAGUCCCACUGUGUCAAAUGCCAUAAAAGACCUUUUGUUUUGAUAGACAAUGUGGAAGCCUCUUUUUAGAGACCAUGGCUUCCAUUGGUGUGGAACAAUCCAAAUUUUUCAUUAGCAGGGGUACUUUUAUAAUAUUAUACAUGGGAUGAUUAGUGGUAUCUUCUUACUUAUAAUUUCGUUUAGUGUCCAGGUUUGUAAUUUGUUUGGUUGUGGGUUCUGUAUAGUGCUUUACUUGAUUGGAAUUUGGUAAUUCAUAAUAGCUUAGAGAGUCUCAUUUGUUACUUGUAGUUUUCAAAAUUUUUCGGGUACGCUUCCAUAUAAGGAAGUCUUUGUAAAGACAAGACUCAAGUUGAUACAAAUUCUCUGCAGAUUUUUACUCUCCUUAAGGGUGAGACUCCAUUAUCCAUAAUCAACCAUUCAACCAACCUGUUUUAUGAAUGUUAACCCUUUAUGCUUAAACUUUAAUCCUGGUUAGCCCCCAUUAUAAGCCUAAAUCUUUGUGAUUUCUUUGCUGUCUAAGAAAAUUCUGUAAUUUGUUAACAUUCUUUCAGGGCAAAAAUCAGCCGUAAACCUCAACUAACUCAAACUUAAACAUCUCCGUAAAAUCUUUACCUUGCAUCCUUAAUCACAAUCAUAUUAUGAAAGCCUUAGCACACCAUUAUGUGAGUGCAGAACAGCCUUAAUAAAUUCCCUUGUUCAAGGCUUAGUCCUGCAUCACCCUCUCGGUGCGAGCUUCCACCUCCUUCUCUUCCCUUUUCUUUUACUUUUGCUCUCUCAGCAAUCAUGAUGACAUUUUUUUUUUUUUUCCCUUUCUGUAAGUUGUGUAUCUUCAGGUAACCACUUCCACAAUAAUUUGCCCUGUCAUCACCACUCCACCUCAAACUGAUGAUACCCCCAUUAUGUUUGACCACCAUACGACCUCGUCCUCACUAUAUCGGCAUCAAAGUGAAUUUCAAAAUCUUUCAUGGGCAGUAGGUAAUCACUGGAGUGCAUGGAAAUUUUUGUCGCGCAAAUUAGUUUCUCGACAGAAAAAAAAAAAAACAAAAAGAUUCCCUUCACAGACACGCAGAUGUAAUUAAUCAAAAAAGUGAUUUGAGUAAAAUGAAUAAGGAAGUUUUAAGUGGGCCCUUUAGCAAAUUGUAAAUAUAACAAAUCUGAGCAAAUACUUUACAAAAAAGAAAGAAAAUUUAAUAGAUUUAUGUCAUUCAAGUGAUUCGUUAUCAUCAAUUUAUACCUAUGUGGUUGAUACUUCACAAUGCACUUUGUGUAAACUUAUACAGCCCACUGAUAUCUAAGUGCAUCUUGAAGUAUCAACUAAUACAUCAUGAUUCAGUUACUCAGGUACUGAACUACUAACACUAGUACAUGCCAUUAACAAGUGUACAAUCUAUUUAUUGAAGUCCAUAAAAUGUACUAGUUCGUACUUCACAACAUUCCCAUAAGAUCAUUGUAACUAGCUAUUAGAUUUUGAUAUAUUAACUUGAGCACUCACCAGUUUUCAACUGGUACAUAUUGUGUUGUUAUACUUCUUGCUGUUUUGUGGACCAGUUAAAAGCUAUUUGGGGUUGGAUCUUUCUAUUUUGCAUCUUAACAUGUAUAGUGUGUGAACAUUUUUUCGUUUUGUUUAUUUUCAAUUUGCAUCUCAAAUACACUUUUCCUUGAAUUUUCUUUGGUUUGGGCUUUUCCUACUUAUUUAUUUAUAUUUUUGAGGAGUUGAAUUUGGAUUGUUGAUGAAGCUUUUGAGGGUUUGUGACGAAGAAAGAGAAAGAAAGAUACAAGAUAGGGAGUAAGAGAGAAUUGAGAUGGUAUUUUUCUUUGUUUGUGUGUGUGUGAGUGAGAGAGAGAGAGAAGGGGGGGAGUAUCUCUUCCAGCCUAGAAGGAAAGGGGGUUA